CGGUGACUCAGAGCGCUCGGGCAAGGGAUCGGAGCGCAUCGCUUGGGCUGCUCUCGUCGGCGCGCCUUUGGGAACCCGCGUCCAGCGCUCUCGCUCUCUCUCGCCCGCUCGCUCGCCCGGGCCAGCAGGAUGGAGACCCCGGGGGUUCAAGGGAAGCGGAGCACCCGGAGCGGGGCCGGCUCCUCGACGACGACCCCGCUCUCGCCGGCGCGGAUCACCCGGCUGCAGGAGAAGGAGGAGCUGCAGGAGCUCAACGACCGCCUGGCCAUCUACAUCGACAAGGUGCGCUCGCUGGAGUCGGAGAACGCCGGCCUGCGCCUCCGCAUCACCGAGUCCGAGGAGGAGGUGAGCCGCGAGGUGACCGGCAUCAAGGCCGCCUACGAGGCCGAGCUGGCCGACGCCCGCAAGACCCUCGACUCGGUGGCCAAGGAGCGCGCCCGCCUCCAGCUGGAGCUCAGCAAAGUCCGCGAGGAGCACAAGGAGCUCAAGGCCAGGAAUGCCAAGAAGGAAGGGGACCUUUUGGCCGCCCAGUCCCGCCUCAAGGAUCUCGAGGCCCUGCUGAACUCUAAGGAAGCCGCCCUGACCACGGCCUUGGGGGAGAAGCGCAACCUGGAAAAUGAAGUCCGUGACCUUCGAGGCCAGGUGGCCAAGCUGGAAGCCGCCAUGGCCGAGAACAAGAAGCAGCUUCAGGACGAGAUGCUGCGCCGGGUGGACGCUGAGAACCGUCUCCAGACCUUGAAGGAGGAGCUGGAGUUCCAGAAGAACAUCUACAGCGAGGAACUCCGCGAGACCAAGCGCCGCCACGAGACCCGCCUGGUGGAGAUCGACAACGGCCGCCAGCGGGAUUUUGAGAACAAGCUGGCCGACGCCCUGCAGGACCUGAGAGGCCAGCACGAGGCCCAGAUCCGGCUCUACAAAGAGGAACUGGAGAAGACCUACAGCGCCAAGCUGGAGAACGCCAAGCAGUCGGCCGAGAGAAACAGCAGCAUGGCCGGGGCGGCCCACGAGGAGCUUCAGCAGACACGCAUUCGCAUCGACAGCCUGUCGGCCCAGCUGAGCCAGCUGCAGAAGCAGUUGGCAGCUAAGGAGGCCAAACUUCAUGACCUGGAGGACGCGCUUGCCCGGGAACGCGAGACCAGCCGCCGUAUCCUGGCCGACAAGGAGCGGGAAAUGGCCGACAUGCGAGCUCGCAUGCAGCAGCAGCUGGAUGAGUACCAGGAGCUGCUGGACAUCAAGCUGGCCCUGGACAUGGAGAUCCAUGCCUACCGCAAGCUCCUGGAGGGCGAGGAGGAGAGGCUGCGCCUCUCCCCCAGCCCGUCCUCCCAGAAGAGUGGCUCUCGCACCCGCAUCUCGCACUCCUCCAUGCAAGGCUCGUCCAAGAAGAGGAAGCUGGGCGACGGGGAGAGCCGCACCAACUUCUCCCACCACGCCCGGACCAGCGGCCGCGUGGCCGUGGAGGAAGUGGACCUGGAAGGGAAGUUCGUCCGUCUCAGGAACAAGUCAAACGAGGACCAGUCGCUGGGCAACUGGCAGAUCAAGCGCCAGAACGGAGAUGACCCAGCCUUCACCUACCGGUUCCCGCCCAAGUUCACCCUGAAAGCCGGCCAGGUGGUGACGAUCUGGGGCUCCGGAGCAGGCGUGACCCACAACCCGCCUUCCGACAUGGUGUGGAAGAACCAGGCCUCGUGGGGCUGCGGAGACAGCCUGCGCACUGCUCUCCUGACCUCCUCCGGAGAGGAGGUGGCCAUGAGGAAGCUGGUGCGCACCGUGAUCAUCAACGACGAGGAGGAAGAGGAGGAGGAGGAGGAGGAAGACGGCCUCCAUCGCCACCACCACCACAGCCACUGCAGCGGAUCGGGCGACCCCGGCGAGUACAACCUGCGCUCCCGCACCGUCCUGUGUGGCUCCUGCGGCCAGCCCGCGGACAAGACCGGCGGCGUCGGUGGCAGCACCACCAACGCGGGCACCAGCACCCUGUCCUCCGGCUCCUCCUCUUCCAGCCUCACCAUCACGCGCACUUACCGCUCCGGGGGGACCUCCCUCGGGGAGGGUCUCCUGCCCAGGAGUUACAUCUUGGGGAAUUCCAGCCCACGCCAGCAGGGUCCUCAAAACUGCAGCAUCAUGUAAUCUCCCUGUUUCUCCCUCCCCGAUGAUGAUGCUUAACACAGCUUGUGCAGGAAAAAGAGAAGGAGAGGGAGGGAGCAAGGGGAAAGAAGAGAAAAGAUUUUUAAAGAAGUUAUUUUCUACAGCAGGAAUUUAUACUUUAUUAUAUGUAAAAUGCUAAAGAUGCUUCAGGGGUUUUUUUAAAGGAGAGAAAAAAAAAUCUUUUUUUUCUAUAACAAGGAAAACUUAUAUUUAAAAAAGCCAAGCCAAAGAUGUUAUUACCAAAAAAAAAAAAAAAAAAAGAGAGAGAGAGAGAGAGAAAAGAAUGUCAUUUAUGGUUCGAUAAUGCUUUAGAUAGCUGUGUUUAUAUCUAUCUGGCUUUCUGCUUGUAAAAGGAAAAGCCUCCCGUUCGAGUCAAGCCUCUAAGAUUUGUCUUGUCCUCUCGAGGCAAACUCUGAAGGGUUGUUAGGGGUUUUUUUUGCACUUGAAUGUCUCCCUGUGGGAUGUGCUCAAAGCAGGAAUUAUUCCUGUAUCGCACCUUAGUUAACAGCAGCCGCGCUCCACCGUAAAGCCACACACCCGGGAGUAGAUGGCCUGGCUCAACCGCGCAGACCGCUUCCCGUUCGGGAUCCGGUUUGCGUCUUCAUUUUGUACUGAUUUUCCCAUUUGAAAUUCUGCACGGGAAACACAAGGCUGUGCUUAAUCCAACCUAGAUCCGUCCUGUUUAAUUCCGGACUGAGAAACCUGCAUCGGGAGACUGGCAGGGGGUUCGGAUUAAAAUCCAAAACGGCCUUCAGUCAUCAGCCCAGGUUCUAAAACCAGUUCUCCCAAAUUUUGGGUCAACAUUGAAAUUCAGAUUUAAAACCAAAUUCAGUUUUUAAGAAACAUAGUGGCGCCUUCCCUUUUGCAACGCAGAAAAGACACUUCCUUCAACCGGUUUGAAUCCAGAUUUGGCUGCGUCUACAUGGGACGUGGUUGCACUUUAAAAAAAUCAAAAUCUGGACGAACCCCUUCCACGCGAAACUUCGGGCGUGGGAUCAAAACAUGCCCUUUCGAUGUCCCGCUUGACUGUUUUCAAAGACGAUUGUCUGUUUUUGCUUUACAGGAUGUUUAGAUAUUUACCGUAAAAUUGGGGAAAUGCCGUGCUUUGGGAAACGGCAUUGACUCUGCUCCCUGGUUUGGAAAGGGGAGCUUGUCGGCAGCUGAGGCUUGGCAGCUACCGACUCCAAAAUCUCUGGAGACGACCCCCACCCCACCCCGCCCCUUCUCCUUGCCUUGCUUGGCUUGAGCUGCUGCUGCUGUUAAUCCCCACCCUGCCCAUGCCAACCGCUAUAGCGCUAGAACGGACGAGAUCCCUGCGGCCGGGUUGAUGCUUAUGUACUGUAUUGUUCUUCACGGUGGUGCAUUUGAGGGUGACGGCGGUGCCGACAUGUGCCUUCGGAGGGAGGUUGGUGGCCUUAGACGGGGUGAGGGAGAAAGAUGGAGGAAGGACAGGAUUCAAACCCGGAGCUUUUCCCUGAUCAGGCUUCCUAUCCUCCGUCCUGGUGCAGAAUCCUUUUUCCCGUCGCCCGAAGCCACAUCCCAGCACAGCCCCUGGACGCUUGCCUGUUGUAGCUUCCCUCCACACCCACAGAAAAGGUGAUCCUUCCAUGUCCCUAAAGGGGUUUUUUUUUAAAACAGAAAGUUGAACUUAGGAUAGCUGAGAAGAAUGUGCCUUGAUCUGAGCCCCGGGGGGGGGCUUGCCACAUUGAAUGUCUCCCCAAACAGCCGAGUCUUUUGAGAUGCUGAGAGCAGCACUGGCCAGAGGGUUUUGCUUCUUAGACACAGAAGCCUGAAUCCUGGAAUCCCAAAGUGGGGGGGGGGUGAGAGAACCCUCUCUCAUGGAGUAAAGUGGGGCAGCCCCACAGAAAUCUGUAUCUCUACUGCCUUGCCCCCCCCAAAAAAAAGUGGCUGGAGGGAUCGGGGAGGGAUGUCAGCCACCCAGAUGUCGGCUUGCAGCUCCUGGCCCCUCUCUUAGUGAAGGAACCUGGGAGGGGGGGUGCGUCUCCCCCACAUCUGGGGGGCUGCCACCCGCCUUCCCCUGGUUCCCUCUGCCGGUCUCCUCCUCCACCUUUCCCCUAAACCUCUCAGCAGGAAAGGCAUCCAGUUCUGGCUGAGUGUCAUCAUUUUCCGGGGAGCAUCUCCGAGGUCCUGCAGGAAAAAGGGUGAUCCGUUUGGCCCCUCCAGCCCAUGCUCGGUAGGAACGCAGAAUGAAAAAUCAGAGAGAGAGAGAGAGAAGGUCGGUUUUGAGGGUUCCCCCCUCCCAGCCCAAGCAGGGGCCCCGGAUCAGCCACCUUGACACCCCCCCCCCAGAUUAUUAGACGGUUGGCUGACGGGGCGUUUUGGCACCACGUCCAGGGGGGCAGCUCUGGGGAAAAACCCGCCCAAUGCCUUAAGCUGCAGCCGCGCCCGGCGUUUCCCAAAGAUCCGCCAACGAGCUGUACGUCUAAUGUUGUGUCCAUGAGAAGCGACUGCUAAUUGUUUCCUCUGUUUGCCGCUGGUUUUGGGGUAUCCGAGGGCGGGUCGGCCAAGCCCGGUGACACCGAUCCUUUGGCCGGAGUCCAGCGUUUCUGUUAUGUUUUUUUCUCCCCUCCUAAAGCCAAUACAAGUUAACAAAAAGUUUACUCCA